AUGUCAUACUAUGAUAUUGACUCUAUCUUAACAGAUGCCCAGAAAUUGCCCUGCACAUUUGAACUCGAGGUGCCAGGGCUUGGCAUUUUAGAAGGCAAUCCGGGCGACAAUAUCAAAGCUGGUACUCGCAUGGACCUCCCAUUAUGGCUGGGUGAAAUGCUCUCCAUCGGAGCCCGGCUGGGCACUUCUCGUCUAGUCACACUAGAUAUUCCUUCAGCAUUGUCAGAACGAGUUAUGAACGCCUUAAAAGCAGACCCUCGGACCGUUGAUCUGCGGGCAUUAGCGCCGCAUUUCUAUAGUCUGAGCGAGCGAGUUUUGGAGCUUUUCGAGGAGGAGGAGAUGGUCGAUGUUCUUAUUAAUACAUUCAAGAAGCGCGCUUCAGAAAUUGCCGACCAUGCCCACAACCCAAAGGGGGCUCUUGGUGACGGCGUUGAGUUUCUGCGGGGGUUAGAUGAAACGGAGAGGCAGUUGUUCCGCGUGGCCCAUGACAGUGCCAAGGAGACACGGAUAUGGGCUGGGGAGGCUAAGAAGAGGUAG